AUGAGUCAGUUGCAUCUCUUUAUCCUUCCCUCCUUUUCUCUUAUCCACCAUGGAUAUGGUGGCUUGACGACAGUUGUGGCCAACUCUGCCUACAUCUCGGCCCGCGGAAGCUUUGAUGGCACUGCCAACCCAGCGGCCAACCGAGACAAGAAGUUCCACUCCCGCCUGAAGCUGCUUCACAUCACGGUGUGCGAGGGACUGCGGGAGACUUUAGACCUGGGCUUCCAGACGGUCUGUGUGGAGCAGCCCAUCGGCAAACGUCUCUUCCAGGAGUUCCUGGAGUCCAACAACGAGUACAAAGGCCCCAGCCGUCUGUGGAAAGAUAUCGAGGAGUACAACAAUGCUGAAGAUGAAGAUCGAGUCAACAAAGCGUGCAAGAUCAUAUCGCGUUAUAUGGAGCCUGAUGCCAAGUAUUACUGCCCCUUUCUGCCAGAAAAUGGCAUCACGAAGGUCAAAGAGAAGCACCAACAGGCUUCUGACGACCUUUUCAACGAGACCAUGGACAGUGUGAUGGACUUCCUCAAGGAAGUGCCCUACACGUUUUUCCUGGAGAGUAUGUACCUGAAGAGGUUUCUGCAGUGGAAGUGGCUGGAGAUGCAGCCCAUGGGAGAUGACUGGUUCAUGGAUUUUCGUGUACUGGGGAAAGGGGGUUUUGGGGAAGUCUUUGCCUGUCAGAUGAGGGGCACGGGGAAACUGUAUGCCUGCAAAAAGCUCAACAAGAAGAGGCUGAAGAAGAGAAAAGGCUAUGAGGGCGCGAUGGUGGAGAAAAGGAUCCUGGCCCGAGUUCACAGCAGGUUCAUCGUCUCUUUGGCGUAUGCCUUCCAGACGAAAACAGAGCUGUGUCUGGUCAUGACCAUCAUGAACGGCGGAGACCUGAGGUACCAUAUCUAUAAUGUGGAUGAGAACAACCCGGGAUUUGAAGAGCCACGAGCCUGCUACUAUGCUGCGCAGAUCAUCCAGGGCAUGGAGCACCUCCACCAGAAGAGGAUCAUCUACAGAGACCUCAAACCAGAGAAUGUGCUGCUGGAUAAUCAAGUCUCCGAUGAAGAAUUGUAA